CGGGCCGGUCCCGGUGCCAACACUCGGCCCGCACCGACAGCGAGGGGCUCUGGCUGCACAGAGAGGUGUGUGGGAACUAGCACUUACCAGCUUCAAAUGCUGACGCUACCCCACGUGAAACAAUCUGCUCGCUUCGGUCACUGAAGCCUGGUGUGUUUGGAGGAGAUGGGGAGAGAAGAGACAAUGGGUCACAAUUAUCAUAAAAGAAAGGAAAAGUUUACUCCCUCCCGUCUCCUCCAAACACACCAGACCUGGCUACAUUUCACCCUGAAUCUCGUAGUUAGAGGCAGGAGUUACAGGAGUAACUCACCAUCUAAGAAUCCUCCAUGCCCUCUCCUUCCACUGGAAAGAACAAGCAGCUCACGUUUCAACUUGCCCACGCAGGGGGUAGGGGACUCGUGCCCAGAGGUGAGCAGGCUCCAUAAAGCCGCUGACACGGGUUAUUUGGAGCCCAGAAGCUGCUCAGAGCUGCCUCUGGAUGAACAUCAUUCAUCCAUGCGUGCUUCUUCUCCAGUCAGUACCAAAAAGGUCUGCAAACCUACACGGCCUCAUCUCUCAUGUAAGUCCUUGAGGUAUUUACUUUAAAAACACCGAUCUGGACCACUAACAACUACCGAACUGCCACAGCUGGAGGAUUUUUGAAAAACGAAAAAAACCAAACCAAAACAAAAAAACCCCGCAUACUCAGGAUACUUCUGUAAAUCGAGCACACGGUGCAGUCGUUUGCACUAAUGCAAAUCUGCUCAGUGAGUGGAACCGCAUUAGUCACUUCCCGCACAAAGCUGCCCUGCCCCAUUUCAGCAGGGCUGAACGCCCAUUUCGGAAUCCCGCGGCGGCAGGAGCGGGGUACAAGGGGCGGCGGGAAGGGGCAGCGCCUCCGCCUCUUCCCGGGGAGCGGCCAUCCCGCCCACCGGCGGGCGGGAUACUUAAAACUGCGCGGGAGCUGCUGGGAACCCCCUGGGCUCCCGCUCCGAAAAGCCAUGUCCACCCCCGCCAAGCGGCAAUGCCGGAGCCCGGCCGGCUCCCUCGACUCCAGCUUCCAGAAGCGCCUCAGGAAAGUUUCCAUCGAGGGGAACAUCGCUGCAGGGAAGUCAACGUUUGUGAGCCUGCUGGAGAAGCACAGCGAUGAGUGGGAGAUCAUUCCCGAGCCCAUCGCCAAGUGGUGCAAUGUCCAGACAACCGAGGAUGAGUAUCAGGAACUUUCAACAUCUCAGAAGAGCGGAGGAAAUCUGCUUCAAAUGCUGUACGACAAACCCACAAGAUGGGCUUACACCUUUCAGACUUAUGCUUGCUUGAGCCGAGUAAGAGCACAGUUAAAACCAGUCUCAGCAAAGCUACAGGAAGCAGAACAUCCAGUGCAAUUUUUUGAGAGAUCUGUGUACAGUGACAGAUAUGUAUUCGCUUCUAACCUGUUUGAGUCUGGGAACAUUAAUGAAACAGAGUGGUCUAUUUAUCAGGACUGGCACACAUGGCUCUUGAAUCAGUUUCAAUCAGAUAUAGAACUGGAUGGCAUGAUCUACCUCAGAACCACACCCCAGAAAUGCAUGGAAAGGCUACAGAUGAGGGGAAGAGAAGAGGAACAAGGAAUUGAGCUUGAGUAUUUGGAAAACCUCCACUAUAAACAUGAAACCUGGCUCCAUGAAAGGACUAUGAGAGUUGAUUUUGAGAACCUUAAAGAGAUUCCUAUUCUAGUUUUGGAUGUUAAUGAAGAUUUUAAAAAUGAUGAGAUUAAACAGGAGUACCUGAUCGAUAAGGUAAGUAGCAAAUAUUGUUUCUCUGUAUCUGCUUUUCUUCUGUAGUUAUCAAUUUACAUUCUUAAAAUUUGUGAUGAAAUGCUUGUAAAAUCAUUCUCCUUCGAGAUCUUUCUGCCCCCUCACACAACACAUCUGACAAAGGUUAUACACAGGGCUCAGUUUCCUGAAGAGUUCCAAAUGCAUGAAAUAAGACUUCCAAGUAGAGUUGGGAAGAAAAGUAAACAGCCAUUUGAGGAAACAAGGUGGCAGUAAAGAGGUCACUUGAGUUAAAAUGGUGUUUACCAGUUCCAAGGAAAGGCAAGCCUUAGGGAGUAAAUGCUGGAGCAGUGUGUUGUGUGCCCAGGCUGUGGCAAAAAAAAAAAAAAAAUAACCAAAACUCCUUAAAAGCAUGGGGAUGUGCUCUUCUACCAAACCCUCCUCCAUCUUGUUCUGGGUCAUCAAUUUGAGAUUACUGCAGAAUGACUCCUUCAAGCCAAACCUAAUCCCCCCCAUUAAACAGCUCAAAAUAAACCAGGAAGGGGAGUGCAAUGUUCAGUUGUGGAGGUAUUUCUUAUUAUAUCCUCAUAGACACCAGCAAUUAACAGCUUAGAGUUCUGUACAGACUACACUCAGACAUGCCACCUUUAACCUUGCCCCUCUAAAAGGCCACUAGCAUUUCAGGUCAUGAAUUAAAAAUGUAGGGGCAAAACAUCCUUGGAAACUGUAUAGUAACAAACUAUUUGUUUCCAAACAAAGGGAAAAGCCUGGUAUUUCAGCUUUUAAUACAUCAAAUAUUAUAUAUACUUUUUUGGUUUUGACAGGUCAAGUCUUUCCUGACUUCUUAAGAAGAUGAAAAUUAAUUCAAACAAGUCCCUGAAGUUCCAGAUUUAGACUUAACAAUCAGUGUGUUCAAGAAUUUACUUUAACCAAAUGCAUUACCUGUAUAGCUUAUUUUAAAGCAAGACCAAAACGUAAAAUAUCAUUUUGGUUUUUUUCCCUUGUCUGACUUGUGUGAGUUUGAUAGUUUUCUGUAUAGCUAAAACUAACAAAUAUGGGGCGCUUUGAUAAUGUUUUUCCUGUGUAUUCUCCACUGUUUAAUAAAGAUUUAAAAGUC